CGAGUAGGGACUGAAGCAGACCAGGAGGAUGAUGCAGUCCAGCCGUCUAAGGCAGACCAACAAGAAUACAGAAAGACAGAGAAAAGAGAACAUCGGAAAUGGAGGGUCUCGCUCUCAAAAGGAAGAGAAAUCUCCAGUUCCUUACCCGAAGGAAAAGAAAAAGAAGAAAAGAAUGACUACUAGUAAGAUCCUUAUCAACAUCUGCAUCGGGUUGUGCAUUUUCAGCCUGGUCUGGAUAUUUUAUGCCCUGUACAUUCAGUUGGCAUUUGUCCGAAGACCAGUGACGCUUCACCUUUCACCUCAAGUCCUAGAUGCCAACAGCACCAGCGCCGCCGUGUCUCCAGAGAGGUUCUGGGGCUCGUAUCGGCCGCAGGUGUAUUUUGGCAUGAAAACAAGAAGUCCCAGGUCUGUCGUUACAGGAUUAAUGUGGAUGAGGCAAUUCUCGGACAAUGUGAACCUGAGGCAUACAUGCGAGCAGGGGGAUGGAUUGAGUUCCUACGGUUGGCUGAUGCACGAUGGGGUCAAUUUUGGCAUGCAGCAGAUCCGUGAGACAGAUUUCACCCUGACGACAUCCUUCGUGAAAAGGAUGGGAGGGAAACAUGGUGGCGACUGGACCUGGAGAAUCACGAGCAGGCAGCAUAGCACUGCUGAUCAUCCCCCGGUCAUCUCGUUGAUGUUCUACGUGGCUACAGAUACCCAGGGUUCCCUGCAUCCUCACAUAGAGAAAACCACACGCCUGAGCCAUGUUACAGGCACUUCAAAGGAACUGGGAAAAUUCAAAAUCACUUUCGUCAAACCAACCAGUGGAGAUACAGCUACCAAUAAAUAUGCCAGCUAUAAUUACUUGCAGACGCGGAGCCCUGGUCUGGACCAAUUAACAGAGAUAGUGAAGAGCAGCCUGAGUGACAAAUUUGUUUUUAGUCCAUCCACUGCUGAGAGGAAGCCGUACAUUGCUGUGGAUACCUACACACCUCCUCCACAGCAACAAAAUGAUAAUCGCAUUCAGAGUGACUUUGUGGUGCAUCAGGUUACUGUCCAAGUCCCCUUCCAGAUCGAGGUUUUGUUUGAAUCUGGAAGUUUUCAUGACCGACCCAACCAUCUAAAAGGCUCGGUGCUGUCUGAAGAGAUUACGAGACUAAAGUUGUCUUAUAAUGAGAAGUUUGAGGAGACAUUUGGACUUCAGGCCAAAGGGUUUACUCCAGCCCAGGUGAGGUUUGCCAAGGCUGCUUUAAGCAAUAUGCUUGGUGGCAUGGGCUAUUUUUUUGGACAGUCGGUGGUGCAGUCAAUGCAUAAUGAGCACGCUGAGCUUUACCCUGAAGGUGCCUUGUUCACCGCAGUACCCUCACGCUCCUUCUCUCCGUGGGGUUUUCUGUGGGAUGAGGGCUUCCACCAGCUUCUGAUCAGUAAGUGGGAUCCUCAAGUGACACGUGAGGCUGUUGCUCACUGGUUGGAUUUGAUCAAUGUGGAUGGGUGGAUCCCACAUGAGCAGAUCCUGGGUGAUGAGGCGCUCAGCAAGGUUCCUGCAGAGUUUGUGGUGCAGCGCACUGAAAAUGCAAAUCCACCUACAUUCUUCCUAGUUCUGGAGGAGUUUCUGGAGCAGCUUGAGGCACGUCCGGGUGCACCACAUUUUCGUGAAACUCUAACUUUUCUCCAAAGGCUGUAUCCCCGACUGCAGGCAUGGUUUGAGUGGUAUAACACCACUCAAACUGGACCCUUGCCCAACUCUUAUCGUUGGCGUGGCAGGGACAAGGACACCAACCAGUUUCUCAACCCUAAGACCUCGACUUCUGGGCUGGAUGACUACCCACGCGCAUCACAUCCUUCAGAAGACGAAAGACAUGUGGACUUGCACUGUUGGAUGGUACUUGCAUCACGGACCAUGAUGAGCAUAUCACGAUUGCUUGGCGAACCCCAUCAAGAAUACGAGCGCACCUACCUGGCCCUCAGCGACAACAACCUUCUGAGUGAGUUGCACUGGUCUGAGCAGCAUUAUGCCUUCUGCGACUAUGGUAACCACACUCGAGCUGUGUCACUGCAGCAAGAGCAGGUUGAUGUGCCACCUGAAGGGAUGAAGCAGGAGGAGCCAGUAAUGGGUCUAGUGCGGUCAGUUCGCAAACCCCCUAAGCUUCAGUAUGUGGAUGCACUUGGAUAUGUUAGUUUAUUUCCAUUCUUGCUUCAAAUCUUAAACCCUGGCUGUCAAAAAUUAAAGUACAUUUUGCAUGACAUUCGGGAUCCUGAUCACUUGUGGACACCGUACGGUUUGCGUUCACUUUCCCGUUCAGAUCCAAUGUAUAUGAAGCGUAAUACAGAACAUGGUGCCCCCUACUGGCGUGGUGCUAUAUGGAUCAAUAUCAACUACCUGGCACUAAAGGCCCUACACCAUUACAGCAGUAUAGAAGGACCAUACAAAGAGAAGGCUGCUAGUCUUUAUCAAGAGCUCAGAACUAAUGUCAUCAAUAACAUGUUCAAACAGUAUCAAGAAACUGGAUAUAUCUGGCAACAUUACAGUGACAGCACAGGUCAAGGACAAGGUAGCCACCCUUUCACUGGCUGGUCUUCCCUGAUUGUUCUCAUCAUGGCUGAAGAGUACUGAUACCCCUUUUGCAUAUUCUGUAUUCAUAUGGUAAUAUCAAAAGGUGCUGAUAUUUAUGUUUUUUAGGAGCCUACAAUUUCAACAAAACUGGAUUAAUGUGACAAUUUGUGCUCAGGUGUGAAUUUAUACUUGAUGUAAGAUAAGAUAAAAAAAAGGAUUCUCUUUUGGAAUUCUGGUGCACUCUGAAGA